AGCAGAAGAAUAGCUCAAGGGUAGCAAUAAAACUCGUGCUCCUCCUCUGGUGCACAAGGCUGAUCCCAGAUCAUCGCGCGCUCUGACUCAGUCCGGGCUCGCGCCGGUGGGCGUUCAUCAGCUCCACUUUCAAAAUCACUGCAAUGAACAGCAAUGACUGGUUGUUUCUUACGUCGCCGUGCACCUUUAAGUGAUGACGCGCGGACGGUGACCUUCGCGCGACGGUACAAGGAGACCGCGGGUGGAAGACACGGAGCGUCACCUGCGCGUCCGAUGCGUAAAAGCGCGCGAUGAUCACAAAAAGCGCGCACUGCGGUUCCGCCGCGCUUCGUCUGACUCUGGACAUUUGGAUUAGGAGGUUGCUGGGUGAAGCGAAUCGCCCUCCUUUGUUCGCGCGUGGAUGAGGGUCUGACGUGUUCCCGGGGGGACUUUCAGUCGCUGUUCAAACGCUGGAGACACACACACGCGCGCUCUCGAUGCUGCUAUGACUUCCUGCGCGAGUCCACACUGUGAUCUGGUUGCUCUUCGCAUGCUGCUGCUCGUGCUCGUGCUCGCGAGGUCCGGUUCGGCGGAAAACAGAUGCUUGUCUUCCUUCGUCUCCACGUGUGAAGACUGUCUGAGACGCGGCCCUGAAUGUGCGUGGUGCUCUCAGGAGAGGUUUCUGGACGGCGCUCAUGCAAGUCAGCGAUGCGGAUCUGUGUCUGACCUGCGAGUCCGGGGCUGUGACGAGGCCUUCAUCCAGAACCCAAAUGUGAAAGUGGAAGUAAACGCCUCUAUCAGCAGCACACAGGUGUCACCGAGAGAGAUUAACAUCCAUCUACGAGCGGGCGGCGAGGUGUCAUUCGUGGUGGAAGUGCAUCAGCUGGAGCGCUAUCCUGUGGAUCUGUACUAUCUAGUGGACGUGUCGGCAUCCAUGCAGGAUAAUCUGGACCGGCUGAAGACGGCGGGUCUGGCUCUGUCUCAUCUGAUGAAGGAACACUCCAGCGACUUCAGAGUCGGCUUCGGCUCGUUCGUGGAUAAACCGGUGUCUCCGUACAUCGACGUGCACCCUUCCAAACUGCUGAACCCCUGCAGUGAUUAUGAGGUGCACUGCAGGCCGGCUCACGGCUUCAUACACGUCCUCCCCAUCACACACAACAUGACCGAGUUCACACGGGUCAUUCAGGAGCAGAGGAUCUCUGGGAACAUGGACACACCGGAGGGAGGCUUCGAUGCCAUGCUGCAGGCCGCUGUUUGUCAGAAAGACAUCGGAUGGCGUCCCGAAGCGAAGCGUCUGCUGCUGGUUAUGACAGACCAGCCGUCUCAUCUGGCUCUGGACAGUAAACUGGCUGGGAUCGUGGUUCCUCACGACGGCCGCUGCCAUCUAGAGGAUAACAUCUACUCUCAAACUACGACUAUGGAGCACCCAACAAUCGCCCAACUGGCUGAGAAACUAUUGGAGAACAGCGUUUACUCCAUCUUUGCGGUGGACCAGGUGCAAUAUCAGUGGUAUGAGGAUCUCCUGGACCUGAUUCCUGGGAGUUAUGUGGGCCGUCUGUUCCCCAAAGCAUCUAAUCUGAAAGACUUAGUAGUGCAAGCCUACAAGAAGCUGCUGUCGGAUGUGGAGCUGCAGAUCGAGCUGGAGGACGCACAAGCUCCUCGCUUCCGGGUGAACGUCACGGCCUUGUGUCCCGACGGAUCCACUGCUUCUGGAAGCACCAAAUGUUCCAGCGUUCAGCCCAAACAAACAGUUUUCUUCAGGGUGACUGUGGGGAUGAGCUGCUGUCCGGCCGAGGGCACGGAUCGGGACGUUCUGAUGAGCGUCAGGCCGGUGGGAUUUAACGAGUCCGUUACCGUACGGAUCCGUCAGGACUGUGGGUGUGUCUGCACGGAGACGGGCCGCUGUCGUGAUGACCCCGAUCCCUCGCCCUGUCCCGAUGAGACGGCCGUCUGUAGAGCGGACCGCAGUGAACCCGUCUGCAGCGGGAGAGGAGUGUGUCGAUGUGGGACGUGUGUGUGUGACUCCAGCAGAUUGGGAAACAUCUACGGGAAGUUCUGUGAGAUGGACGACUUCUCCUGUCCGUAUGUGAAGGGCCUGGUGUGUGGAGGACACGGCCAGUGUGUUUCAGGUGAAUGUGUGUGUCUUCCUGGCUGGACGGGUGAAACGUGUGACUGUCCCGUCUCCACCGAGAGCUGCGUGUCAGACGACGGCUUGAUUUGCGGCGGCUGGGGAAAGUGUGUGUGUGGCAAGUGUGUGUGUGACGACAGCCGGCGCUCUGGAGCCCUCUGUGAGAAAUGCCCCAUCUGCGACAGCUCCUGUCAAUCACACUGGAGCUGUGUGAACUGUCACCUGUCUAACGGACUCGGAUCGGACGCCAAGCAGCGUUGUAAUCACAGCUGCGCAGCUUCAUCGGUGGAGUAUGUGGACGACAUCACAGAGCUGGUCCGGGGGAAAUACUGCCUGUAUCCCAGCACUGAGAAGUGUCAGCACCGCUUUCUCAUGGACUUGGCUUCAGAGCGACCUCAGCUGCACAUUAGUCGGCAUCCUGUGUGUGUGUGGAGUCGGCGGUACUUUAAGACGUUCCUCAGCGUCUUCCUCCUGACCGUCACGCUGGGCAUCGGCCUGCUGACCGCUGUCAGACAGCUGCUGAGAGCCAGACACUGCUGGUGGCCGUCCGGCUCUGAGCAACAGUUCGAGCGCAGCCCUAAGGAUUUAUCAUACAUCCCCACGACCAACGAGAAGACGAUCACGUACAGAAGGGACCGUCUCCCGAACCGUCCGGUGGAGAUGCACUCACACAUCCCCAAGAUAACCCUGAGCGACGCCUGGCAGUGACGAGGGUCAAAGGUCACUCUAAAAACGAAGCACUACCAGAAUGAAAACACAGUCUUUCUCUUUAAGCACUUACUUCACGAGAGCAAUAGCCUGAGUGGUGUUUCUGAGGGUGUCUCUCUCAUUUCGGAUGGCAUUAAAUCUCUGGUCCUGAAUGUCUGUUAAACUCUUACCAUGUUCCCCUCAACGGACCACUUUUCUGCUCAGUUACCGUUCGUUUAUGUGUGUGAGAGUGUGUUUUUAUAGUUUUACCUGUUGUAUUUUAGUCGUCAAUACACUACAGACUCCGGCUGUGUUCAGAAGAGCAUACUGUGCACACUAUUUCUGCAGAAAAUACACAGUUUACCAAAACACCACUGUCCCACAAUGCAAUGGGCUUGAUGCUUCCAGUACAGUGAUGCAACAUUUAGAAUUAAUACUUUUAUUAUCAAUUAUUUAUAUUAUCAAUAAUUAAAAGACAAAUAUUUAAUAUAUAUAAUAUUAAGACAUUUGGCCUUUUUUAAAUAUAUAUGAUUUUUUUCAGUCUUAGUUUUGUCAAUUUUAGUAUUUUAAAAUCUAAAAUGAUAAUUUGAGCAGUUGAUUAUUAUUUUAUUGAUAUAUUAUUAUAUUAUUUUUGUCAAUUUUUGUAUUUUUAAAAUCUAAAAUGAUCAUUUGAGCAGUUGAUUAUUAUAAUAUUGGUAUAUUAUUAUAUUAGUUUUGUCAAUUUUUGUAUUUUUAAACUCUAAAAUGAUAAUUUGAGCAGUUGAUUAUUAUAAUUUUGCUAUAUUAUUAUAUUAGUUUUGUCAAUUUUUGUAUUUUUAAACUCUAAAAUUAUAAUUUGAGCAGUUGAUUAUUAUUAUAUUGGUAUAUUAUUAUAUUAAUUUUGGCGAUUUUUGUAUUUUUAAACUCUAAAAUGAUAAUUUGAGCAGUUGAUUAUUAAUAUAUUGCUAUAUAAUUAUAUUAGUUUUGUCAAUUUUAGUAUUUUUGAACUCUAAAAUUAUAAUUUGAGCAGUUGAUUAUUAUAAUUUUGCUAUAUUAUUAUAUUAGUUUUGUCAAUUUUAGUAUUUUUUAAUUCUAAAAUGAUAAUCUGAGCAGUUGAUUAUUGUAAAAUUGCUAUAUUAUUAUAUUAGUUUUGUCAUUUUUAGUACUUUAAGCUCUAAAAUUAUAGUUGAUCAGUUGGUUAUUAUUAAAUAAAAAAAUUUUAAACAAAAGUCACAGUAUCUACAAUAUUUUGCGACACAGUAGUAAUUUAUUUUCCGUGACUGUGCGCUGUGUUUAUGAUUACUGUAAUGCAUUACAAUAAUCUGAUACAGCUAAAAUAACUGGAAGUGAAUGACACUGUAAAUCCCACAUAUUCCUCUUCUAAUGAUGCCAGUGUGCUUCUGAACAUCGUGUUAAUGCUGACUAGGAUUAGUCUGCCCCCUAGUGUUCAUCUCGCGCUAUAACACUGCUAUUUUAAUAGACUAUGAACACAGCAUUCAGGUUUAUUACAUGUGUUAAUAUUUAAGCAGAGAUCUCAGAACAGCUCAAAUGAUUCCCUGAUACGACUGGAAGUCUCUUCCUCCUCUAGUUUACUGUAUGUGUAGAGUUGUGUGUUAAUUAUUUACCUGCUGGUCAGUAUUUAUAUCUGCUGUCGUGUACUACUGAGGGUCCUUUUAGUGUACUCCUGUGGCUCUAAUGAAUCUAGUUUUAGCUACAUUGGGAAAAACAUCAAAUUAUAUUUAUUUUGGGGGGGAAGGGGUUCUCUUUUCUUAGAAAUGAAUGCUUUUGUGGAAUUAUUUUUCUCCUUUUUUUGUAUAGUGUGAACCGAUCUUGUACAGAGCAAAAUUGUUGUCUGUUUAUGUGAAUAUACUUGUUUCAAUCAAAAACCAUCCUCUCACCAGCCAUUCUGGUUAUGCUUUGUAGCCAGUUUCAUCAAAUAAAUAAAUAUCAUAAUAACACAGUU